AAUAACAACAACGGAGAAGAACUUCAAACUAAAAUGCAAAUGCAAGUCCAGCUGUCGCCACUAUGGGAGCACAUUCUACGUACUCGCCGGAUGCCGGAAACUAUUUGUCCGACCCUCAUGUUUGCUGAAUUUCAUGAGCGGCUGCAGGAUCCCGAAUGGCAGGUGCGCCAACACGCUUUGCGUGUCCUAGUCGAUGUCCUGGUAGUGAUGCAGGCCAAGGCCGAUAAGCAUAUGCGGGAGCUGAUCGUCCAGCUGGUGGAGAACUUGGGUCAUCAGGCACCAACAGUGCGAAAGGGUGCCUUGGACUGUCUGCGAGUCUAUUUGGCUGAGACAGCCCAUCCUGAAGUGGUUAUGAUGCAAAUUUUCGACAUUGGCCUGAUCCAAUCCAAUAAUGAGGCAACCGCUCGCCUGAGCUGCGGUGUCUUGCUCUCCUUUCCGGCAUUGCUGCAGUCGGUUUUUCACACACCUCAGCGUGAUUUCAUAGUGCAGCAUUCUUUGGAACGUCUUGUCCAGCAUUUGGAGAAACUUAACCAUCAAGAAAUUACCCUAAGGACAUUAACAAAAACCAGGGAGCUUCUGGGAGUAAAAGAGUUUGAGAGUUACAUGACCAAAAAUGGUGGCCUAACAAAAUAUUUGCGUUUGUGUAAAGUGCACAGAAUCGGAAGUGAAUAUGAGAAGCCCAGUCGAGCGGGCGCCUGGCGGCCCAAUAGGGAUCACAAUUGGCGAAUCGGGAGCAGUGGUAUUUCCCACGAAUCCUCCACAGCAGGAGCUCCAAAGCAGCCUAGUUGUCCUGAGAAGGGAAAAGUCAUCAUGGAAACGGAAAUUAAAAUCAACGAAGAUACUGUGACAAUGCGACUACUAGAGGCCGACACCGAAACGGAGGAGUCCGAAACUCCAAGUGUAACACGCAAUUCCAACGAUUUGGUAAUUGGUCGUCCACUCUCUCACCAUCACGAUGGUGGCAUAGUGCGAGUUAUAAGUGAUUCCGAACUAGAUGAGCCCGUCCCAGUUUCUGUAGUGGGUGCAGUCAACAGCGAACCGAAUACACCAUCUCGCGGACCGAAACGUGUCACCUUUGGUGGUGAGGUGGUCAAAAUGCGUACCCCAGACAGCGAUGCAGCGAAUUCUUCAGCAAAUAACACAAACAACAUUGUCGUGGUAUCAUCACCAGAAGAGCCAAAGGAUUCACCUUUGCCAAUAAGUGAGAGUAAAACGUCCGAACUUAUUGUGGAAAUACCUAUUGAUAAUACAAAACCAUUGCCGCGACCAAUGAGCUCUAGCACGCCAGGCCGACAAAGAAGCUUCGAUGGCAUCGAACCACCAGAGAAAGACCCACAACUGACGCCUUCCCCGCUGCCCCAAGCUGUGCUGUAUCGCAGUCAUAGUACUAGUCCAGUGGGCAGUAAUAAUAUCAGUCCAAAAGUACCGCACAAGCAAAUCGAAGUACUUCAUAAUCUUCAACGCGAUCCUUCGCCACGUUCUAUGCGACGUGGUGAGAGUCCUGAUGACAUUGCCCCAUCGUUUAUUCCCACCCACUUUUCGGCAUCAUCAGCAUCUUCUCCCAAGGCAGUGAGAAAUAUCACGGUUAUAUCUCCCGAGCCGGCAUCACCCAAAUCAUGGGAAGACCUAGAUAUUGUCAACUAUAAAACCAUUAUGGACCUACGUUCGGGGGACUGGAGGAAUCGGUUGCAGGGCAUGGCCCAACUUGAGAUCGCAUUGAGCUCUUCCAUUAAUCUGGCUCAGGUACAACCUUAUCUAACAAGUCUCUUGCGCACAUUGCUCUCAUCAGAGCGUCACAUCGAGGUGGCCGAGCUGAAGCGGGAGCUGCUGGUCAAUCUAAUCACCCGCCUCCCUUUGGACAAUCUGGAGAAUCGUACUCUGCAAAUAUUGACAGGUCUUUGCCGGCAAAGCUACUCGGGAGCCAAUCGUGUGUGUAGGGCUUUGAUGCAACGACUUCCAGCGGGUACCAUAGUGGCCAAGCUGACUGCCCCAGAGUUUCUGCAUGCCAAGAGCUCCAAGUUUCGCGAUCAUGCCCUGCAAAUGUCCAUAUAUGCUCUGAUGACCUUGCCGGGCACAUGUUUCGACAUUAAUAUACUAACUGCCCAGACCAUUUACGCUGCAGUGAAUCGUAAACGAAGAGUACGUCAAGCCGCAUUGGAGGUCCUUGCCGUAUUGGCGGAUAUUUCGUCCAAGGAAGAAGUCAUACGAAUUGUCAAUGAAAUGGGUGCCAAUUCGCCGGCUCUGUUGGCAGCCGUCAGGACGCGUUUGUCUCGCCUUCAAUUGCCUAUGAUUGCCCCGGAUGGCAGUGUUUUGUACGCAUUAAAUCAACCGGAAGUUAUUCGCACUGGCGCCGAUGUCGACUGGAUUGCCCAAGGAGAGGGUGGCUCCGCCUCACCGAAUGCCAUCAAACGGCGACGUGUCCGUGCAGCGGUGGCAGGUCGAAAUUGUGGAUCAACCAAUUUAAAAGAGUCCGAUGAGAACCUUCAACGACAUUCCUUUCAUUCGCCGCCCGAAACUUUUGAUAUCACUAGCCCCAACUCAAAUGACUUUUCGCACAGAAUAAGUCAGGGUGCUAGAUCAAUGAGUGUCUUUCCAAGCAACAUGAUGGACCGUCGUCUGGCUACCAAGGCGUGCUCAGAGACUUCAAUGGAUGGCAGAAGCACUGAUAGCACGACAACCACUUGCAGCAGCGGAAGCGGCAGUUUCGUCCAGUUGACAAUGCGCCAAGUCGAUCGAAACUCACGAUUUCCGGCCAUGAGCCAACAUACGGACUUUGUCAACAAUUUCAUGCGUAGCAUGCAACAAACCAAAAACUAUCCGUAUCCCUAUGCAUCGCAUACAUUUGACGGACCACCGGCAUAUCCAAAAGUCAAUUAUACAUUAACCAAGUCCCCACAGCACACGGCUAAGAAGAUGCAACAACAAAACUCUCUUGCACAGCAGGACACCCGAAGUGUUGCAGCAUCUUUUAAGGCAAAUGAAUCAAAACUACAGCGCAGUAAUAGUGUAUUCAGAGAUAUUCAUCGAGUACCAACCCAUGCAUUGGAGAAGGACAAUAGUGAGAUUUUAACAACGAAAGCGAGGUCAAAUGUUAGCCCGAUAGACGUGCCGGUGAGUCAAUCUACAGUGGAUAUGGUCCACGGUUCCCCUAUAUCUGUGAAGUCCACCAGCUAUUCGCAAAAGUCCACCGCUUCGGUCAAGUCGAAAUGUGAGUCAGAACCUUUUGAUGAACUCAUAGUGGAUGAUAUGGAAAAGGAGGUGGAUGAGAGGGACGAUUUGGAGGAAGUGGAGAAGAAGAAGGAAGUUGAGGAUAAGGAUUCAUCAUUGAAGCGCAACGAAAGUGUGAAUAGUCUGCAUACCACGGAGAGCAUUAAAACCCAACUAGAGGAUACUACGCCACAAUUGUCGCGGGCUCAGUCCAUCAAAUCACUAGCCAUUGAGGAGGAACUGGAGGGCAGUAACAGUUUUCUAGUUGUCGAGGAGCAGGUCCAACACGAUCUAGAGUCAAGUCCGCCAACCACAGAGCCGGAUAACGUGGAAGUGCCAAUCAAUGUGUCAGCCAGAACACACGAAGAUUUGGUCAUAAAUUCGCGCAGCAUUUCGCUAGACUCACUAUAUUGCAGUGGGGUCAAACAGGGGUCCACUAGCUCCAGCUCGACCACGGACAAUAAUACCAUACAAACAAAACCACUGCUGAAGCAAAAAUCCAAGACGUCAUAUUUCCUGUCCCGUAACCAACGACGAGUCUCGCCCGUAAAGCAGGCCAUUAAGAUGUCCCAAGCUGAGCUUUUCCCCCAGAAUAUGACGCGAUUCGAGAAACCGCGGGAAGCCCUCCUAAAGACAUUUGAUCAGCUGGACUCCAGCAAUUGGGAGGUCAAUGUGAGUGGACUAAAGAGUAUGGUGAGACUUAUACGCUAUCAUCCGGAAUACUUGGACAGUCACAUGCACAUGACAUGCAUUCAACUGACCCGAUCUGUGCGUAAUCUUCGCUCCCAAGUGGCCCGUGCCGCUUGUCAAGCCUCAGCUGAAUUGUUUGUGCUCAAAUCGAAGUUUCUGGAAACUGAAUUUGAUGACUUAAUAUGCGGACUAUUGCAUCGUACAGCAGAUACGAACCGUUUUCUGCGAGCCGAUGCAACACGGGCUUUGGAGUCCAUGGUGGAUCAUUCUCAACCGGCGAAAAUAUUGAAUAUUCUCAGCAACAAAGGAGCUCAACAUCAGAAUGCUUUGGUCAGGACAACAACAGCCAAGUUGCUAUUCAGACUGGUCGAACGACUGGGCAGCGAUCGAAUCUAUGCGAUGACACGAGAGAACCGGGACAAAUUCUUUGUCAUUGGAGCGAAUCUGCUGCUUGAGGGAAGCUUGGCCACGCGCAGCUAUGCCAAGUCCUUGUUUCGAGCCCUGUCCGAUCAUGCGAGCUAUCAGCGCCUGUUAUUAGAGGUUAUUCCACCGCGCACCUAUCGAAACGUGGAGAAGACAUUACGAAGCAUUAAUCGUUAAAUCUAUAAAGAGAUCCAUCGAUAUCGUCUAAAAGAUGGCACAAAAUUCUUACGCUAUAUAUUAAGACAUACUAAAAUAUAUUAUAAAAUAUGGCUUUUCAGUAAAAUUAUCUUUUAUAAUUUAAA